CUCAGUUUCCAUGGUGACAGUAAACAAGGCUGCGGAGCCACUGCUGCAGCAGCCACCAUGAUUCCCCCAGUUGACUCUCUGCUCAAGUAUGACACCCCGGUGCUAGUGAGCCGGAACACAGAGAAGCGGAGCCCCAAGGCCCGUCCCCUGAAGGUCAGCCCCCAGCAGCCAGUGGUUACAGGGCCAAUCCCACAGCCACCUAAAAGCAAGGCCAUCCCUUCUACCUCUACUGCCCCAGACCCCUCCAAGCAGGCGGAAGAGAUUCUGAACUCCAUCUUGCCACCCAGAGAAUGGGUGGAAGACACUCAACUAUGGAUCCAGCAGGUGUCCAGCACCCCCAGCACCAGGAUGGAUGUGGUGCAUCUUCAGGAGCAGCUGGACUUGAAGCUGCAGCAGCGACAGGCUCGGGAGACUGGAAUCUGCCCAGUGCGCAGGGAGCUGUACUCCCAGUGCUUCGAUGAGCUGAUCAGAGAAGUGACCAUAAACUGCGCCGAGCGGGGCUUGUUGCUGCUCCGAGUCCGAGAUGAGAUCCGCAUGACCAUUGCAGCGUAUCAGACCCUGUACGAAAGCAGUGUGGCCUUUGGUAUGAGGAAGGCGCUCCAAGCCGAGCAAGGGAAGUCCGACAUGGAGAGGAGGAUUGCAGAUUUGGAGACAGAAAAGAAAGAUUUGGAGAGGCAAGUGAAUGAACAGAAGGCCAAGUGUGAGGCCACUGAGAAGCGGGAGAUUGAGAGGAGGCAGGUAGAAGAGAAGAAGCACAAUGAAGAGAUUCAGUUCCUGAAGCGCACCAAUCAGCAACUGAAGGCCCAACUGGAAGGCAUCAUUGCACCAAAGAAGUGAAGAUUUCUACGUGGGCCCCAGUGAAAACUAUCCCUAUAUUAAACAGUCCCCUGUAAUAAAAAGCUACAGUUUAGUGAGUAAACCAGCCCAAGCCCGUGGCCUCCAGAAAAAAAAAAAAAAAACACCAUGCAACAUCCAAACCAUAGCCUAAAUGCCCUGAAAAUACUUCAAGAUUUGGUAGCAAUGCCCAAGUUUGGACGAUGGGAAUUCAUGUCUCCCAGAUUUCUUCCAUAGUUGACUUGCCAGACAGUUUUGGAAUUAGCUAAAAGCCCUCUUGGCAUUGCUUAAUGUAGAUUCCUGAACAAGGGUUGUCCAGCUCAGUUGAAAUGGCAAUUAUCGCACCUUCUCUCCUACAGCCAAGGAAAGUGGCUCCUUAUCCCUCGAACUCUAGUUUUCUCUAUUUCUUAUCCCCUCACCAGCGCUUCUCCCAAAGCUUGCUACUUGUUCCAGUCCUCCAGAGGGUUGCCUCUCUGGGGUCAGUCUUUCCUUAACUGUAGUCUUUAAGACCUGUUUUUAUGCUUUGCUUCGAGUUAGCCCAGUCCUUCUAAUAAAUCAACCACUAUGGCCUCUGCUGCUUCAAGCUGCCAACAGCUAUUUCUCUUCAGAGGAAGUAAGAUUUUAAUGUUCAUGAUUUUGUUUGGUGUUUGCUAGAAAGAAAUCUGAGUCAUGGUAUCUAUCACAAGGAGGUCCCAUACACCAAGGCAAGCUAUUUCAGAAAUUAUCAACCUAUUUCAGAAAGUAUCUGUUGUUGGACUUGCUCUGCAGAAAGAACACCUAUCCUCUAAAUAGCCACACCAAAUUAAACUGAUCAAAACCCCAGGAAGCAACCUUGAUUUAGAUCAUCUGCUAAACCAAUCAGUGAGAAGUAACCACAGAUGGCUACUACUCUUGCUCAGAAGGGUAAAAUUCAAGUCAAAGUAAAAUAAAUCCAAAUCAGGUUUCCUGGUAUUUUUGUUGAUUUGGGGGAGGGGAGGGUUGGUUUUGUUUUUGUAGCACUAUACCUGUUAAAGAGAUUAUUUCAUUACCUGGUAAAUGAAAAUUGAAGCCAAGGUGGGGGAAAAGAGAGCUAACUCUAUUUCUAUUUGGGGUCAAAUGGAUUCAGUCAGUGGAGGAAGCUGUUCAAAUUCAUUCUCCCAAGUAGCAUGGCAAAGAAGUUUUCUUUUAAACAUGGCAAACUCUACAAACACUUGCUGGCACCAUGGAGGAAGGAACCUUCCUAGUUAAGUGGGAGCUUCCCUUCUAGCAGGAAAGACUCAGUCUCACAAUUAUUCAGGCAGGGAGAUUUGCUUGAAAAGGGGCCACAACCUGCAGGAAUCAUUUGGUUCCUCCUCUAAGUCAAGAACUACUCAUUCACCACAGACUCAGAAAAGGUGGUGUGCCUCCCUAGCAUUGGACAAUUCUCAGACACUGCUACAAGAAUUUGCAUGGGCUUUGAGUAUCCAUAGCACUCUACUCACUGAAAACUGAAUUCCAAACUCUGGUCCUGCCACCCAGCAUCUUGAGUUCUUAAAGGGAAGAUGCUGCUGCUGUGGCUCAACUUUAGGCUACAUAAAAUGUUACUUGAACGGCUUCUAUUUCACAAGACACUCAUGCUUCUGAUCUAACAAAAAAACUAAUUAGAUAACCAUUAACUACUUCUGUAUCUGCCAGCUAAAUAGAACUACCUCUUGGUAAGACUCAGAGGAUUAUUCAAAGAAUCCCUGAAAAUCCCAAAGUCAAUAGCAGUGUCUCUUGGUGUAUUUUUUCCAAGUACACGUAAAUGAUUUUUAAUGUCAGAUCAGAAUAGCAGCAAUGUGGUCUUGAAAAUGCAAACUCUGUAUGAAGAAAAUGAAAACAACUAAUUGUAUAUUUUUGUA